CCCUCGCGUUGCCCUGGAGACCAAGCGCGUCCCGUUGCAGUGGAGCCUGGAAGGGCCCUGGCUGACUUGAGUGGUGGUGCCUUCUUGCAGGUGGGGCGCCGGGCCUACCUCCAUCGCCCGGGCUUAGAGGGGAGGGCCGGGGACUGCCCCCACCACCCUCUCCUCUGUAGGCUGGCGGGGCUGGUGGCACGAGAGGAGCCUGCUGCGUCUUCUCCGCAUACAUCCCUUUCGGAUUUGCACCCUGCUUGGCUGGAAGAGCCAGCCUUCUCUGUGAGUUCUAUUCUUGCCUGAGGGUCGUUCAGCCGGCGGUCAAGCCAAGAUGUCCUCAGUGGGGAAGGUGACCCAGGUUCCCAGCGGGAAACUCUACCAGCAGAUCUUCGAGGCUGAGGCACAGCUGGUCCGCUCUCUGGUAGCCUCCAGGAAGCGUGCCUUGGACAGGUCUAUGACCCCCAAGAAUGGCAGGAAGCCCUUGAUGAAGAAGACGGAUAUUCCUGAAGGAGAGAUGAUGUCUGCCCGGCAGCAGAAGUGGGCACACAGCCUACCCAAUGACUGGGUCACAGAAAACCCUGUUCUCUACAGGGAAAAGGAAAUAAUCAAGAAGAAAAAAGCUCAAGAAAGUGAGAGCACCAUUGCCGCCCGCGAGGUCCGGGGCCUCAUGGACACCAUCGUUCCCCAGAGGCCCUGCACCACCACCCUUGGCACCGCGGGAAUGGACUCCAAGAGGCGGGGCUACGAGAGUGCUCUGGGGAGCUUUAAGGAGGAGAUUGCUCAGAUUGGGAUGGAAAUGGAACCUUUCAUCUUGGAGCCAGGAACUCUUCUUUUAAAAAAGCUGGCCGAGUCGGAUGAAGACAUUGACCGGCUCUUCAAAAAGGUGGAAAGUGACACCAACCUCGAAGACUACACCAUCCAAACCCUGUUGGAGCUGUGGGAUCAGGUGGCUGAGAAGUUCCAGUUCCAGAAGCAGGGGAUCAAGGAGCUGGAUGAGGCCCUGUACGAGGCCGAGUUCUCCCGGGCAGAUAAACUCAAAGGUGUGUUGAAGAAAUAUGUGGAAAUCAUAGAGAAAACUUCCUACCUCAUGCAGCCCGAAGUGUACAGGCUGAUAAAUAAGGAAGCCAUGGUCAUAAACCAAGCCCUACUGGGCAACCGGAGGGCCAUCGCCCAGCUGUUCAUCAACCUCAUGGAGGCUACGCUGCAGCAGGAGCUGGAGAGCCACCGUCACUGGCAGGGCCUGGUGGACGCCUGGAAGGCUCUCAAGAAGCAGGCCCUGGUGCAGAGUUUCAGUGAGUUCAUGGCCAGUGAGAGGAUCCGGACUCCUCCAGCUGUGAAGAAGGAGAUGGAGAGCAUGCUGAAGAACCAGAAAGCCCUGCAGCAAAAGCGGCUGGAGCAUCUCCGCACCAUCUGUGACCUUCUGCCCCCCAAUUACAGCAAAGCUCAGCUGACUGAAUGGCAGUCUUCUCUCAACUCCCUAAAUAAGCACCUUGAUACCUACCACAUGGACUGCAUGAUGCGGAUCCGCCUGCAGUACGAGAAGACAUGGCAGGAGUGCCUGGCCCACGUGCAGAAGUGCAAGAAGCAGCUGCUGGACUGGAAAGCCUUCACCGAGGAGGAGGCAGAGAGCCUGGUGAGCCCGUACUUCUUCCAGACGGUGGGAGUGCUGCAGAGUGAGGUGGAGGAGAAGCUGGAGCUCUGGGAUAAAUCCUUUGAGGGCCUGGCAAAGCAGACAGAAUGUCAGAGCUCGGGUCUCUUCAGCUACUUCCAGGAGGCCGUGCAGCUGUGGGAGGCACAUGAGAGCGUGCUGUCAGCGCAGGAUCUGGAGCUGGAGAAGAGGAUGGAGCAACAGCAGCACAAGCACAGCCUGGAGGAGCAGGCCCAGGAGGCCCACCUUGAUAAGCUCUUGGACCAACUGAGGCAGCAAAGCCACGAGGAAACACUGAAGAUUCACCUGGAAAAGGCCAAAGAUUUCCUGAAGAAUAUGAAAUACAGGUAUGAGUGUUUCCACAAGCUCCUGACAAAGGAGGUGAUGGAGUACCCCGUGAUCAUACUGAAAGAACUGAACUCCUAUAGCUCCACCCUCAGCCGACACUUCUACGUUCGCGAGAUCUUUGAACAGACCUUGGAUGGAGAAGUCAUUUUCAAACUCAGGGAACCAGAAGCACACGAAAAGCACUUCCAGGAGAGUAUGAGAAAAUGGAGAAGCAAGCAGAGGGCUAAAGUGGAAAUGAGCAAAAGUGAGGAAGGUGAAAGUAGCGGGACAAGUCCCUCCAGGCCAGCAGAAGACACAGAAGAAGAUGACCGAGGAUUUGAGUCUUCCUUAACUGAAGAGAUGGCAGUGAGCCAGCAGGAACAGUCUGUACUGAGUGACAAGAUGGAUGAGUCCAGUGAGGAAUCUGUUCAGGAAUCAGAAAAAAUGCAAGUUGAAAGAGACAGCUCCUUAAAAUCAUCCCUGAACCAGGAAAAUGUGAUGGUUCAAGAAGAGGAGAUGGAGGAGGAGAAAAGGAAGGAGGAGGAAGAGAAGGCAAAGGUGGAGGAGAGGGAGAAGGAGAAGAGGAAGAAGAAAAAGAAGAAGAAGGAGGAGGAGAAAGAGGAGGAGGAGGAGGAAGAACAUGAGAGUUUAUUUAUGGAUGAGGCUGAAGCCCAGGAAGAGAAUCUGGGGAAGAUCUCCGAUGAGGACAUGGAGUCCUUCACAACCUCCAGCGGACACACUUAUUUUGUCUUCCUAACCCUGGAACAAAAAGAAGAGAAUUGCAAGAAGCCCCAUUCCAACCUUUCUACCAUUCUCAUCAAUGACAUUUCCAGUGCCAACUUCCUAGAACAAGUGAUCAUUCCAUCCAGACUAGUUUUACAAAUUAAGAAACAACUUCGAGCUGGCUUUUUCGACCACCUAGAGAAGUGGUUUGACCAAUGUGUCCUCAAAACCCGGGUCAUGGUGACCACCAAGAUCAAUGAACUGGAAUCAGAAUUGGAGCUGCGUCAGCAUCUGCAUGAGCCAAGAGCCAAGCGCAUUGAAAAGGACAUCCAUAAUGUCAGGGCAGCUGAGCUCUUGCUUCAUCAAGAGCGGCUGGACAGCCACUGUGCUGGGGUGACUGAGACGCUAAGGAAGGAGAGGCUGAUGUUCUGCCAGUUCCAAGAAGAGCAAAACAUAAAGAGCAAAAACUUCCGCCGCAAGAUUUACGACAUGGAGCACAUCUUCUUGAAUGCCACAAAGAGCCAGAGGCUGGUUAGUCUCAGCAGCACGCUGCACCGGGAGCUGCUUAGCUAUGUUGAUGUCAUCCAGGUGUCCCUGCGCAGCUUCCGCCAGUACUUGGAGGAGAGCAUGGGCAAGCUUCGCUUAACCAACAUUGAGUUCAUCAAGCACUGCAGAUUGUUUUCUGAGGGAGGCAACUUUUCUUCUGAAGAAAUUGACUUACUGUGUCAUCGACUGGAGAAGGAAGCUUCCCGAAUAGAGUUUGUUGAAAGUUUAAUCAUGAUCAACAUGGAGAAGAUGGAGAGUGAAUACCUGGACCAGGCCAAUGAUGUCAUCAACAAAUUUGAAAGCAAAUUCCAUAAUCUGGCUGUGGACCUUAUUUUCAUAGAGAAAAUCCAGCGGUUGCUGACAAAUCUGCAAGUGAACAUCAAGUGUGAGGUCGCAAAAUCCAAUUUGCAAACAGAUGGAUUAAAUUCUUCUCUGGAACAGCUCCAAAGGAAAGUAGAAAUGUGUCAAAACUCAAAGGGAGAUAAAAAAAUGGUGACCUCGGAAGACCUCCUUGGCUUUGUCCAGACUUGGAAAGAAAAACUGGGCCAGAGGAUUCAGUACCUCAAUUGCAGGCUGGACACAGUGUCCAUGACUCGAGCGGUCUUUACCGACAAUGUCAUGACCAACCUAGAGGUGGAGAGUGACAUCAUGAUGUCUUCAGAAGCCCUUGAAGAGGAGGCCAAGAUAGACUUCGUCACCCCCGAGUCCUUCGCCCAGCCGAGCCGCAUGGGGAAGCCCAUGAUUGAAGACCCAGCUGUAGAAGUGGUCAAGAAGAUCCUGAAACUUCCCGACGAAAAAUGCUCAACCCAGCAGUGUGACAAAGACCGCUCCCAGACAGGCCUGAAGCGACACCAGAACCGGGGGGAACACUUUGUGAGGAAAGCCUUGUCCAGUGCCAGUGCAGCUUCGACAGGAAGCAGAUGGGGAGUAGGGAAGUGUCUUGAAGGAUUCCGCCCCAGACACGGGAGUCACGGUGUCCCACAGGCGGGCCUGGAGGCUCCAGCCACAGAAGAGCUGUGCGCCUACCCCAGCCUCCAGAGCGCUGACUUACCUGUGUCUCACAGCAUCACACGAUACUCCAAGCCCAACCGAAUGGACAGAAAGUACCAGGUGCUCGGGGAGAAGCCACCGCCUCCAGCUGAGGAUUUUAAAGGGAUCAUCCUGACCCUCCUCUGGGAGAGCAAUGAGCAUCUGUUGAAUGUUGUAGAGGAGUUCUACCGCAGAGAGAAGCGCUCCAUCAUCAGGCCUGACUGCACGUACGAAAACUUUGACCAGUGCGCCGAGAACAUCUGCAAGAAGAUCCUGGACUACCACAUGCAGACAGACGAGUACCAUAACUCCUGCCUCAUAGAAUUACGGGCCCAGAUGAGGAGAUUUGAGGAGCUGCUGCCCCAGGUGUGCUGGCUGGUGAUGGAGAACUUCAAAGACAACCACUGGAAAAGAUUCUGCGCCUCUGCCGAAGAGAUCCGGGGACAGUUCUGGAAUUACCAGGAGAAGCUGGGGAAAAGGAAGGAUGAAAAUGCCCAGAAGCUCCAUCCAAAUCUCGGACAUCCCUCACAUUUCCAAGAAAUGGAGUCUCUGUGUCAAGUGGAAGAGAAAAGGCAGGGCGAUUUAGACACUAUGAUUGUGGCAACCAAAGAGAAGCUCGAGGAAUUCACCAGGAAGUACGGCCGGUUUUUCAUAGCCAGCUUGGCCACCUUCACUGAGAAGUUCCUGCUGCAGUUGGAUGAAGUGGUCACCAUCGACGAUGUCCAGGUUGCAAGGAUGGAGUCCCCCAAACAGAAAACAUCAAUCCUCAUACGGAGGAAACUCGCUAGGCUUUCCCUGAAGGAAGAAAGUGAGAAGCCCCUGAUUGAACGGGGGAGCAGGAAGUGGCCAGGAAUCAAACCCACCGAAGUCACCAUCCAAAAUAAGAUUCUCCUCCGGAAAACAUCAUCCAUCACCACCAACAAAACGACCCUGGGCCACCUGGCAGCCGUGGAAGCCCGAGAUGCCGUCUACCUGGUGUGGAAGCUCAAGUCCAAAAGGCUUAGACAACCUGGACAAGGACUUGGGGACAAGUCAUUUGUUUUGGAGGUGAUCCCAAGAAGCACGAGUGAGGUCCUGGGGAAGGGGAGCCUGGAGGGAUCCUUGGCCUUGCUCCCAGCUCCUUCCACCCCCCACACCAGGCACAUCCUGUCCUCCUCGCCUGUCCUCCACCCUGCAUCGCCUGUCCCCUGGUCUGCUGCUGACCUGUCUCCCGACCUGUUCUUCUGUAGCCACUGUCCACACUAGGGGCUGUGGGCUCAUUAUGGUUCCAGGUUCCCACAGAGGUGGACUGCAAAACCCCAGUCCUGUCCCCUCAAAGCUACCCUUGGGACCUUAGGUAUUCCCCUAUUGAGCAGGUCGUUAGGAAAAUGGAUGCCCCUGCCCCAUGACAGAGCUGCCUCCAACCUCUUUCUAACUCUCCCUCUUGUAAGUUCCCCUGUGUCUGCUCUUUCUUGACCACACCUCCAUGGUCCCCACCUGAGAAGUCAAUGUGAGUGAGUGUGUCUGUGCACAUGUGAGGAUGUGGAGAAGAAAAUGACCCUAUAUGGAAAGGGGAUAGACAGGGGUCCCCCUAGGAUCUUAGAGGCUCUUAACAUCAAGGAAACCCCUUCGGGAGGUGUUGAGCCCUGGCCUAAAGCUCUUCCUUUUCCUUUAGACUCUGCCCACCUCCUGAGCCCCAGACCAGUCCCUGACUCACCCUAGGCCUCAGUUUCCUAAUUGUGCAAUGAGAGGCCGGAUACAGAGGCACAUACGUGGAUGCUCAGUGAGGUCAGGCUCCAUCAAAGCAGGUUGGGGUGUGAAGGUGGAGUAGCAUGGGUACAGAAAGGAGCCCAGUACACGGCAGCCAGGCUUUGUGUCCAUAGCCAGGCGCACACAAGGGCCCUGGGGAAGACCUGAGAAGAGUGCUUACGCGCGAGCCUUCAAAUUGAUGUGUACCCCUGGGCAUUGCAACAGCGGAUCCACACGUGAGGUUGGUCUCCUUCAGCCAGCUCUGUGCACCCCACAGCUGCUGGGGCCUGGGUCAUGUGUUCUCCACUGGACGCAGGGAGGGGUGUCAGCCUCACUUAACCAGGACGGAGGGUGGGGAAGGGGCAGUUCCCCAAAGAAAUACUGAUGUACUGUUCCCAACAGAAGAGGACAUGGGGGUCAGCCAGGCAAAAGCACCCCAAGUCUCAGAAUCACGCAAGCUGCCUCCGACCUGUCUCUGCCACGACAAGGGGCUGUCCCCAGAGAAGGGACCUGGCUUGUCCAAGAUCACACAGUGAUUCAGUGGCAAAGCUCAUAUUUUGGUUAGGUUUGGAUUUGCCUAUAUAUAGUAGAAACCCCAAAAUAAUGUGGCAUAAACAAGAAAGAGAUUUAUGUCCUUCUCAUAUAAAAGAACUCUUUUUCUGUUGUGGGACAACUCCAGUGACCCCCCACCCCUGGCAAAUGGACAAUGGACAAUGGCACUGACUUAUUUGUAACUUACUGACAAUAACCAGAGAACAUGGCUUAUGUUCAGGGAGAUGGGCUGUCCUCGCCAACCUGCCCUUUUCUGUAUUCAUAAAACUUGCCCACAUUCCCUGUGGUGGAGGACAUUUGCUAACAAAACAAAAACCAAAACAAGUCUCCCAAGCCCCCCAAAAACUCUAGAGGCAGGCAGUCCUUACUGAUCCUGGACUGCUCAUCAUGGAGGACCCCAGCUCAUCUGUCCUUCUCCAGCAUCUUAGCAUGUGGUUUUCAUCAUCAAGUCUGUCCCUGGUCCAGGGUGGCUGCUGGAGCUCCAGCCUGGACCAGCCACCCCAUCUGCACUUGAGACAGCAGGCAAGAGGAAGGAGCAGGGCAAAAGAAGCCCUCCCAGCUGUGUCUGUGCUACCUGGCCAGCCUCCUCCAAGUCCCACACCACACUCUGAUCAUAUGUCAUUGGCCUGGACUUCGUCUGGUCACUCUUAGCUGCCACAGAGGUUACGCACUUUAGUCUUUUCAUUUGUUGAAUUGCUGCCUAAAUUAAAACUGUCUGUUUUUAAGCAAAGGAAGAAUGAAAACUGUGGAAACUACCAGUGCUCUUUGCUACCCAGAACUCCAAGAUGAAGAGGAGGAGAGGGGGUUAUUUUCAAGUGCGUAGGGCAUCCGCAGCCUCUCCUUCCUUGAUGUUCACUUGUUCACAGAGAGAACAGAGUCUUGGUUCUAAACCAGUGUGUGAGAGGGACCUCUGCUUUGGGCUUCCAGCAGAAUGAUGGGAACCACUGUGUUGGCGUUCAUCUGCUUGUCCCUUACAAGUAGAUCUGAAAAAAACCUUUUCUAUUUCAUAAAUGGGGUGGGUAGAGGUGGGGUGGUAAAGACUUUUAAGCAAGAAACAUGUACCUAAAAAGCUGAGUCAAAAUAUAUCUCUGUAAAUCAAAGAAUAGAAUCUGUUGACCCCACCAUGUUUGACCCUCAUGGUGAAUAUACUAGUAAAAAUAAUACACACAGAAUAAAACUAAUAGUGGUUUAAAACUCCUCAUGGUGAAGAUUAUCACUGACUAAAAAUUAAUGGAAGAAAAAAUAUAUUUGAAAAACAUUUUGAUAUGCGUAAUUUCACCCCAGAAAAAUGACUUGGUAAAAAUAAUAAUCCCUAAAAUUUAUAAUAGCAGAAUCUAUAGUCAGUAAAUUAUGAUCUGGGCCAAAAACCAAUAUACAUAAAAAAAAAUAAUGGAUCCUGAUAUAAAUAGUUGCAGUGAAGUAAUGAUAAAAGUAGAUAAAGCUACAAUUGACUUUCUGUACUAUAUGUUUUUUCUCAAAUGUUGUCUCACUUUUUAAUAUUUAAUAGACCUCAUAUUUUAGAGCAGUUUUAGGUUUAUUGAAAAAUUGAGCAAGUAGCACCAAAUACUGUAUAUCUCACCCCCUUCUCCCACAGUUUACUCUAUUUUUAACAUCUUUGUUAAAGACUAUGUGAUAGUGUGGUUCAUUUGUUAAAGUUUAUGGACCGAUACUGGUACAUUAUUAACAACUAAAGUCCAUAGUUUACAGUAGGUCUCACUUUUUCUGUUAUACAAUUUAUGAGUAUUGACAAAUGCAGAGUGCCAUGUAUCCACCAUUAUAGUAUCAUGCAGAAUAGUUGUACAAGGCUCAGAUCCCAUGUUCCACCUCUUCUUUUCCUCUCUUCCUCCCCCAAACACUGACAACUACUGAUCUUUUUGCCCUCUCUAUAGUUUUGCCCUUUCCAAAAUGUCAAAGAGUUGGAAUCAAAAAUAUGUAGCCUUUUCAGACUGGCUUCUUUCAUUUAGCAAUAUGUAUUUAGAGUUCCUCCAUAUCUUUUUGCGGCUGGAUAGCACAUUUCUUUAUAUUGCUGAAUAAUACCAUCAUCUGGAUGUACCACAGUUUAUCCAUUUACCUAUUGAAGGACCUCUCAGUUGCUUCCAGUUUGGGGCAGUUAUUAGUAAUUGUUAAAUAUUUGUGUGCAGGUUUUUGUGUAGACAUGUUUUCAGCUCUUGCUGGGUAAGUAUCUAGGAGCGUGAUUGCUGGAUCAUAUGGUAGGACUAUGUUUAGUUUUUUAAGAAACUGCCAAAUUGUCUUCCCAAGUGGUUGCACUAUUUUGCAUUCCCUCCAGGAAUGUUGUUCCACACCAUUGUCAGCAUUUGAUAUGAUCGGGGUGUUUUGCAUUUAGCCCUUCUAAUGGGUGGUAGUAUCUCAUUGUGGCUUUUAUUUGCAGCUCCCUAAUGAUAUAUGAUGUUGAACAUCUUUCCAUAUGCUUAUUGCCAUCUGCUUAAAUUCUUUGAUGAGAUAUCUGUUCAGAUCUAUUGCCCAUACUUUUUUUUAUUGCCCAUUUUUUUUAAUGGUUUGUUUGAGGUAUUUUUUCUUGAGUUAAUGAGUUUGUUUGUUUCUGAGAUUUUGUUUACAAGUUGAGAUAUUGUUGAGUUUUAGAAGUUCCUUGUGUAUUUUGGACAUGCUUAUUUGCCAUCUUUAUAUCUUCUUUGCUGAGGUGUCUGUUCAGAUCUUUUGCCCAUUUUUAAAUUAGAUAAUUGUUUGUUUUCUUCCUGUUGAGUUUGAAAAGUUCUUUAUGCAUUUUGGAUAUCAGUCCUUUAUCAGAUAAUGUGUCUUAUAAAUAUUUUCUCCUGGUCUGUGGCCUGUCUUUUCAUUCUCUUAGCAGUGUCUUUUGCAGAGUAGAAGUUUUAAUUUCAAUGAAGGUCAGCUUAUCAAUGUUUUGUUUCAUGGAUCAAACUUUUGGUAUUUUAUCUAAAAAGUUAUUGACAAAUCCAAGGUCACCUGGAUUUUCUCCUAUGUUAUCUUCUAGGAGUUUUAUAGUUUUACAAUCUACAUCAGAACAUUCUGAGUUAAUUUUUGUGACAGUUCUUUAUCAAGGUUCAUUUUUUUUUGCAUGUGGAUGUCCAGUUGUUCCAAAACCAUUUGUUGUAAAAACUAUCAUUUCUCCUUUGAAUUGCUUUUCAUCCCUUGUUAAAGACCAGUUGACUAUAUUUGUGUGGGUCUAUUUCUGGGUUCUUUUUUGUUUUUAAGGAUUUUAUUUAUUUAUUUGACAGAGACACAGCGAGAGAGGGAACACAAGCAGGGGGAGUGGGAGAGGGAGAAGCAGGCUCCCCGUGGAGCAGGGAGCCCGAUGCGGGGCUCAAUCCCAGGACCCUGGGAUCAUGACCUGAGCUGAAGGCAGACGCUUAACGACUGAGCCACCCAGGCGCCCCUAUUUCUGGGUUCUUUAUUCUGUUCCACUAAUCUAUUUUUUCAUCCAUACCACACUAUUUUUUUUAAAGAUUUAUUUAUUUAAUUUAGAGAGAGAGAGUGCAUGUGUGAGCAGUGGGGAGGGGAGGAGGGAGAGGGAGAGGGGAAGCAGACUCCCCACUGAGCAGGGAGCCAGAUGCAGAUGCUUAAUCUCAACACCCUGAGAUAUUGACCUGAGCCGAACUUAGUUGGACACUUAACCAACUGAACCACCCAGACACCCCUUUACCACACUAUCUUGAUUAUUGUACCUUUAUUUUAUAAUAAGUCUUGAAGUCUGGUAAUGCCAGUCCUCCAAUUUUGUUCUUUUCUUUCAGUACUGUGUUAGCUGUCCUAUUUUUUUUUUUAACCUUUCCAUGUAAAUUGUAGAAUCAAUUUGUCAAUGUCCAUAAAAUGACUUGCUGGGAUUUUGAUUGGGAUUACAUUGUCUCUAUAGAUCAAGUUGGGAAAAACUGACAUCUUGACAAUAUUGGGUCUUCCUAUCCAUGAACAUGGACUAUCUCUCCACUUAGCAAUUCUUUGGUCCCUUUCGUUAGAGUUAUAGUUUUCCUGUAAAGAUCUUAUACAUAUCUCUAAGCAUGGCAAUGCUUUGUUGUAGUCAUCAAGAAGAUGCAAAAUAUGGUUGUAUUUAUUUAGAUAAUCAUCCAAAUGAAAAGGCAAAUAUUUUACAUUCUUAUUGAGAACUCUCCAGACCCCCAAGAAUAAGUCCAAGGACACAAGUUUACACAACAUUGGCCUAGACUCCACUUCUAUCUUGUCAGCACCACAGUCCUAAAUAGGUUGCUGAUGACGUUGCAAACAUUGCACAUAAGUUAUAAAA